CCCAGUCAUUGCAACGAGUGGGGUGAGUCGACUGGCUGGCGCCAAUGGCGGAACUGAGACUCAUUAAAGUCCCGAGGUGGCUUUCCGAUCAGUGGCUCAACUCCAAACCUCAGGAGAUCGUGGCCGACUUGGAUCUGGAGAAAGGGACCUUAUGCACGCGCGGGGCCCGAACGCAGCAUUUUCGCCUGGAGAGACGUGAUUCGCCAGAGUUGUUCAGCUUUUGGCAGCCUUUGGAUGGCUCUGAGGUGCCCAUUGAGGGGCCGAUUGUCGAGGCUCUCAACGUGAUCCCGGACCUCAAGGACUCAGGGUAUCGGAGCCUCUUGCAACAAAGGAGCCAGGACAAUGCGUUGGCGUCCGGCAGCCGGAGUAGACACGAAGAAGAGAUCAUUCAGCCCAACGAUGGGCAUCGCGUCACGACGCGAAGCAGUGCGCCAAAGACGACGACGGGCACCGCUUCAGCCAAGCAGACGUCCUUCGAGGAGGUCCUGAGCUUGGUGGAAAAUGCCUUGAGAGCGGCCGAGAAGACUGGCCUCACCGGCCGGGAGAUCUUCGAGCGCCUGCCCGCGGGCGGGUGCACAUUAGCGCAGCUCAGAGAUGCGCUACUGGCUUUAGCCGUGCCUGCGCAGGAGCCGCUAAGAGCGAUGCCAGGACGGUUCCCGGCGCUAUGUUUACGCGCCAUGCCUGGGACGUGCAGCGUCUGGAGAGAUGAUCCGAUGGAGUGGAGAUGGUGAAGACGAGGGUGGCCUGGUCACGGGGCGUGUGAAGAAACGCCCCCGACAUGCCUGAGGAGCUUCUCUUGCUGAUCGCAGUUCUGAGGAAGAGCAGAGAGGC